AUGGUGCGUUAUACCAAAAAUUUUACUCGCAUAACAAAUGUUAAAACCAAAAAACGCAGUUGGAGUGCACGCGAAAAAUUGGCCAUACUCGCUUAUCUCGAAAAUAAACCUAGUGCUAACAAACCGUUGAAACGUAUAAGACCUCAAAUGAAACGACUUACUCCUGGUGCGAAGCCCCGAUAUCCAAUAUUAGAGGAUGACCUUGUUAUUUGGGUUGUAUCACGUUUUAUAGUUCGUUCUAAGACGAAAUCUUUGGCGAAAACAUCACGCUUUCUUGCAAUUUAUCCAAAUAUUGGUGAUUAUAAAUGGAGUGACAAGUGGUUGGAUGAAUUUAUGAACUGCUACCAUCUCAGCAUUCGGCGUUGUAAAAACUACUACCAAUAUUAUGACAUUUCUAAUACCUGUAAUGGAACUAAAGAUAAUUGUAUUUUUGAUUAUGGUUGGAUUAAACAAUCUCAAAGGUCUGAUCAAAAUCUUAUAAUUGAAAAUGAAGAUAAUAAUUUGGGAAAUGAAGGUAUUAAUUCAGGUAAUUUGGAUGACUUUGUUGAAAUAAUUGAUAAUUCUGAAGAUGAAUAUUAUAAUAUCGAAAUAGUUGAGUUUACAAAUGUAUGGAAUUAG